GCUUCUUCCACUGCUCUGAGCUGGGACCAUGGAACUUCCCCUCCUGUGCACCCUGCUGGCGUUUGCUGGUGUGAUUCCAACCCAGGCCGGACUCUUGAACCUGAACAAGAUGAUCCAACAAGUGACCAGAAAAAUCCCCGUCUUCUCCUAUUGGCCCUAUGGCUGUUACUGUGGACUUGGUGGCAGAGGUCAACCCAAAGACGCCUCGGACUGGUGCUGUCAGAACCACGACUGCUGCUACGCCCACCUGAGGCAUCACAAAUGCCACAUCCACACAGACAAUUACGACUACACCUUUUCCCAGGGGAACAUCCAGUGCUCUGACAAGGGCAGCUGGUGUGAGCAGCAGCUGUGCGCCUGUGACAAGGAGGUUGCCUUCUGCCUGAAGCGGAACCUGGAGACCUACAAGAAACACCUGCGGUACUACUGGCGGCCCCACUGCACAGGCCUGACCCCCACGUGCUAGAGGAGCCCGCCCCGCCGCCCCACGCCCCCAGCCCUGUUCCUCAGCAUCUGGAGCUCUGCGAGUCCCAUGGCGUGCCUGACAUCUCUCCCCUAGGAUCUAAGCCCCUGCACCAGCCUGGGCGGGUCGCAACCUAGCCCCACCACCCACCUUGCUCCAGGACCUUCCAAGUCUUCCGGACCAAGGCAGCAGCUGUCUCUCCUGAGGAUGAAUUGAGAUCAGAGGAAAAGCCAAGGCCAGGAGGCCCCCAGGGGUGGUGUUUGGACCAAAGCAGCAGGUGUCAGGGGGUGGGGGCUUGGGGGCCAUGGUGCGGCAGGUCCCCCCUGCAUUGCCCCUCACUGUCCGGGGCCUCCUGUCCGGGUCUCACUCCCUCUCACACACUGUCUUCGCUGCAGCUGGGGUGGCCUAAAGGGCAGUGUUGAUCUUUCUGAUGACAUGGCUCUACUUCUUAAAACCCCAAAGCCCCUCACUCCCGCAGGAUAGGGCCCGUCGAGGACGUUGGGACCUGUACUCUCUGGUGCUGCGUCACUCUCCCCAGGGAGGUCCUGGCGGGCAGGACCCAUGACUGUCUUGGAUUCGGUUGCAUCCCUGUGCCCAAAGCAGUGCCCAUGGCCAAGAAGGGGCUCCACAAAUCCGCCUCGAGCAAAGGGCAAGCUGAAGCCACCUGGUCCUCUUGCUCCAGGCCUGGGUUUCCAUGUGCCCGUCCUGUCCUGCUUCCAGGCACUUGCGCAGGCUGGGACCUCUACAGGGUGCCCCACUGGCUGUCCCCAGGUGGCUGGUCCCCAUCUAGGCUCUCAGGGUCCAAGGGCUACUAGGGACAGAGGUGUCCCCUGGCUGACUCCUUCCCCCCCACCCCCAGGCUCCAAGGGCUCACUCCCUCCUCCAAACCCUCACAGCACUUUACCAGGCUGCAAUUUACCAAUCUUUAUCUUGAGUGAUAUAUAAUAUCUGGGUUUUCCUGAACCCCUGCAAUCAGACUGGAGCUCCUGGAGGACGGAGGCUACGUCUCUCAUCUUUGUUUCCUCUGCUCCCCGAUGUAAUAGGUGCUCAGUUAAUGCUUAUGGACCAACGAGCCCGUCAUGGAUGGAUGGAGGUGGUGCCAGAUGUUAUUGGUGCCUCAUCCACAUCCCCUCCUGGCCCAGGCCCCCAACCCCCAGCUAAGCCAGAUGUUUGACUGCUAUGGGCUCACAUCUGUCUCCUUCUACCUGUCUUCUGGGAGCUACCACCCCUCCCGCCCAUCCCACUUCUAACCGGAGACUAGGGAGCUGGUUGCCGACCCCGCCUCUGUGCAGGUCCACCCGGGGGCACGCCGCACACCCCAGAGCGCCUUAUGGGAUCAGGCUGAGGCCAGACGUCUGGAACACCUCUUUGCCCUGGCCUGGCCUGUUUCCCUUGUUGUCUUACAGGUUUCUCCUGAGAACACGCCCUCAGUAAGUCACCUGCUUGCACAA